AUGCUCGACCUCGACGCCACCCGUUGCGGCGAGCGGGACGCGCGGCACGGGGCCGCCGGCGCGUCGUCCUCCUCGACGCGCUCCCGCGCGAGCAGGUUGCGGAGGGAGGACAUCGCCGGCGCCAUCAUCAGGGCGCUUGGGCACUUGCUGUCUGGAGGCUGGAGAAUCAUGAAGCGGGGUGCACAAGACGCCGCCGUCCAGGGAAUGAACCUCCGGGCUCCGGCCCAGAGAGCUGCCGAUGUGAAGAUGGACUCAUUGCUCCUGAGGUUGCUUGACGAUGACUCGUCAUCGGAUGAGGACUAUGAUGUGGCGGCUAUAAUGCUCGCUGAUCUUGCAAAGAAUGAGCAGCCCAAACAUGGUGGUUCUGUGCAAGGGCAUGAGGUGGUUCGUCGGAACAAGCAGAAAGGAGAUGCAAAGCUCUUUGAUGACUACUUUGCAGAAGAACCUGUGUUUGGUCCGGUCACAUUCAUACGGCGGUUUAGAAUGUCAAAGAAGUUGUUCUUGCGCAUUGCAGGUGCUGUAGAAGAACAUUGUCCAUAUUUUCAGCAGAGGAGGAAUGCAGCCGGGGACCUUGGCCACAGUGCUUUGAAGAAGAUCACUGCAGCAUUGCGCAUGCUUGCUUAUGGGGUUCCUGCUGAUUCUCUUGAUGAGGCGCUUUACAUCGCAGAGAGCACCAUAAUUGAGAGCCUAAGGGACUUUGUCAAAGUUGUGGUUGAGGUUUUUGGGGAGCAAUACCUGCGAGCACCAAAUGAGGAGGACACAGCAAGACUUAUGCAAAUGGGUGUAGCUAGAGGCUUCCCUGGGAUGCUUGGAUGCAUAGAUUGCAUGCACUGGCAGUGGAAGAAUUGUCCAACAGCACGGCAUAGGCAAUUCAUCGGGCAUUGCCAUGAUCCUACAAUCAUUUUGGAAGCAGUCGCAUCACGUGAUCUGUGGAUUUGGCAUGCAUACUUUGGGAUGCCUGGUUCUCACAAUGACAUCAAUGUCCUACACAGAUCUCCACUGUUUGCAAGGCUUGCUGCUGGGAAGGCUCCACCUGUGAACUUUCAAGUCAAUGGCCAUGAUUACACUAUGGGCUACUAUCUCGCAGAUGGCAUUUAUCCCUCAUGGUCCACCUUUGUCAAGACAAUUAGAAACCCAAGCAGUAAUAAGACAGCACACUUUGCAAAGGUUCAAGAAGCUGAGAGGAAGAAUGUUGAGAGAGCUUUGGGGUGUUGCAGUCUCGGUUUGCAAUUGUCCGAGGCCCUGCUCGAUUUUGGGACCAGACGACCUUGUGGCAUAUCAUGA